GGGGCGGACGUUGUGCGGUGGCCUGUGAGGAGCGAGGCCCGACCCCCCCAUCGCCGUCCUCCGGGGGGCGCCAUCCUCGUGUCCGUCCUUCGCCCCCCCCCCCCGGGACCAGCCCCUCUUGGUUCGGUCCGGUUCGGUUCUUCCCAGCGCCCCCUGCAGGCCGCGGGGCGCGCUGACCUCUGACCCCAACAUGGUCCGGCCCGCUCGGCCGCUCCUGAAGGCCUACGUGGGGGGCCACGUCUCCAUCCGCCUGGCCCUGGGCGGCUGCACCAACCGGCCCUUCUACCGCAUCGUGGCCGCCCACAGCAAGCGGGCCCGGGACGGCAAGUACCUGGAGCAGCUGGGCUCCUACGACCCCCUGCCCAACGGCAACGGCGAGAAGCUGGUGGGCCUCAACCUGGACAGGAUCCGCCACUGGAUCGGCAGCGGGGCGCACCUCACCAAACCCGUGGAGAAACUCCUCGGUCUCUCCGGAUUUUUCCCGCUGCAUCCCAUGACCAUCACAAAUGCCGAAAGGUUACGCCGGGCAAGAGCGCUAGAAGCCGUUUCAGCAUCUGAGAAGACAAGUCCGGAAGCGAAAGAGCAGGAGGCGACCGAAAGCUAACUUGUGGAAGCGUGAACUGGGUAAUGGAAGUAGUGUGUGAUUCUUCCUGGGCUGAGAAUUCACCCUGUUAUUUCCCAAACUGUGAAUAAAGGACUUUUUCGAUGUCA